UUGACCUGUCCAGUGGGUGGCUCGCCGCGCGAGGUUCACCUCCUAGGAGCUCUCCUCCAUUUUCGCGUUCGUGCGAAAUCCGGGACAACACAGGCCGCGGCGCCGCCAUCUUAGGGAAAAAUAGUACUCAAGCAACUCGUCUGCUGGAUGAUAUAAUAUUUUGUCAGCGGGAGACGUGUGUGCCGUGGAACGUGGAGCUUUCGGGUACGCAGUGUGUGUCUCUGGGAAGAGUGCAAGGCCAUCGGGCCUAGAACGGCUCCAAAACGAUACCAAGAGAAAUUGAAAGCGAGAAAUCGCGAUUAAUAUAAGGAACACGGUCACGAGAAGCUCGAAAAUUGGAACACCGUGUUUUGACAUUUCGAAAGAAGCGAAGGGAGUUGUGAAUUGUGAAGCAAGAGGAUAGUAGUCAGUGGAGAGUGUUGGUUUGUUGUUGCAAGAGAGGUGAGAGCGAGAAGUGAAAAAGAGUGACGGAGAGGGAGAGUUAUUCACGGAGAAAUAUCAUAAAGUUAGAUAGAAGCGUCCGGUUUUGUUUUCGUGGCGCGCGACGCUAGAACCGUAGAUAAUUCACGGUGGUGGGUGAGAGCAAGAACGAACAGCUAGCGGGCGUAAUUGAGAAGAAAGAUGGCGCGAGGUGCGAACGAAGAGUGUUGACCCAUUUUCGCGGAAAAGCUUGGGAUAUUUCGCGAGUUUCCGGUAAAAUUUACGCUUGGUGGAUACGCCGAGGAUUUGCUCGAGCGUAUCGUACCGGCUGGUGUUGAUUAAAAGUUACGCAAAGGCGCAAAAAUUCUGAAAAAAUUCGAUAUUCGUGGAGCCCUGGCAGGCUCGAGUGCGGCUAGUAAGAUGGGCAAUAAUGCCGCUACGGCGAAUAAGAAGGUGGACGCUGCCGAGAGCGUUAAGGAGUUCCUCGAUCAGGCUAAGGAGGAAUUUGAAGAGAAGUGGAAGAAGAAUCCAACAAAUACCGCGGGUCUUGAUGACUUUGAGAGAAUCAAGACCCUGGGUACAGGGUCCUUUGGCAGGGUCAUGAUAGUUCAGCACAAACCAACCAAGGAGUAUUAUGCUAUGAAGAUACUUGAUAAGCAAAAGGUUGUCAAGCUCAAGCAGGUGGAGCACACUCUGAAUGAAAAGAGAAUCCUUCAGGCUAUCAGCUUUCCCUUCCUUGUAUCUCUUCGCUUUCACUUUAAGGACAACUCAAAUUUGUACAUGGUGCUGGAGUAUGUGCCAGGUGGAGAAAUGUUCAGUCAUCUCAGAAAAGUAGGCCGUUUUUCAGAGCCCCACUCUCGGUUUUAUGCUGCCCAAAUAGUCUUGGCAUUUGAGUACCUUCACUAUCUUGACCUGAUCUACAGAGAUCUAAAGCCUGAAAAUUUGCUGAUCGAUUCUCAAGGCUAUCUUAAGGUCACAGACUUUGGUUUUGCUAAGAGAGUGAAGGGCAGGACGUGGACUCUAUGCGGUACACCAGAAUAUCUAGCACCUGAAAUUAUUCUCAGCAAGGGCUACAACAAGGCUGUCGACUGGUGGGCCUUAGGUGUUCUAGUUUAUGAAAUGGCAGCAGGGUAUCCACCAUUCUUCGCUGAUCAACCUAUACAAAUCUAUGAGAAGAUAGUCAGUGGGAAGGUACGCUUCCCAUCACACUUUGGUUCAGACCUCAAAGAUAUGCUACGCAACCUACUACAAGUUGACCUCACCAAAAGGUAUGGUAACCUCAAAGCAGGCGUAAAUGAUAUAAAGGGACACAAAUGGUUUGCGAGUACCGACUGGAUAGCCGUCUUCCAAAGAAGGAUCGAAGCUCCGUUCAUACCCAGGUGCAAGGGUCCUGGUGACACUAGCAACUUCGAUGACUACGAGGAGGAGGCGCUUAGAAUCUCAUCUACCGAAAAGUGCGCUAAGGAGUUCGCCGAAUUUUGAACGGUGCAGCGCAAUUGGCGUGCGACGUUCGAUCUGAUUUCGGUAAAGGGUCGCGGUUCGGCAAGAAUGCGGAUAACGUUAUCCAGGCCGCUUCUACAGGCUGUUACCUCGUGUCCCGACGAAGUGAAUACUUUAAAAAAUAUCGCGCUUCGACUUCCACGAUCUAUUCUGGCCGUCGCGCUCAAACGCUAUUAUUUCUCCCAUGGAAGAAUCUCUUCCUCCAAUUCGCUCUUCUCCAUCGGAUCGGCACCCCCAUCACGAUUCUCAUAAUUAUCAGAAGACUCGAACUACGUGUAAGUUUUUUUGACAUCACGCAUCCGGAAAUACGUUGCCUCAUUCUAUACGUCAUCGCAUCAGCAACGUACGGCGUUAAAAUACGCCACGCAUCGUUCCAUCGAGAAAAAUGUCCAGCCUGUCUCGAGAGCGCUUUGUCGUUCAUCUUCAUCAUCCGAUUAAUUGCGCGAUUGUCGUUAAACUUUGCGACAAAGUAUCCAUUAGCCAUUAGCCAUAGCAGAGCGACGAAGAUCCGUAAAAUCGGCAAUUAUAAACACUCCCGUUUCGCCACGCCUGAACGACAACGGAAUCGUGUCAACUCGAAGAGGAUCCCGAGGUUAAUUAUUCUCGACCGUCCUGAGGACAUGUCUUAAGAUUGCAAUGACUGUGCGUUAAUGCGCGCGGAUAAAACGAAACAGUAUACAUUACUUUUCGAACGUUUAAUAUAACGCGCCAAACUAUCGACGUCAUAAUCAUCUCGAGCAGUCCCCGUCGUCGUUAUCGUCGUUCCUUGUAUCGUCGCCGCGUAUAAACAUCAUUAUCUUUUAUGACGAGGGGCACCUAGCCCGGAAUAAGCGCGGGUUUCCCGUUCACAAUUACGAUACGAGGCACUAUACCGAUCACGGAGUGCCAUUCAAUGCCGUCUUGAAAUUCGAAGCCACUAUUAUCAAGAAGGGGUCUCGAGAUGCGCCAGAUUAGCUGAGAGUUUAUCUUGGCCAAUCAAGAUGGAAGGGAGCAAUCAAGGUCACGGCCGAGGAUAGUGCAAGAGUUCAAGUACAAGUGUUCAACUGGAGUCGUUUUAAGAAGAAGAGACACAAGAGGAUUGGGGAUGAGGAACGAAAAGAAGAAGAGGAAGAACAACAGGAGAGAAGUAGAAAUCGUGAAUACGUCGGAAUGGUUCAAAAGUGGUUGAGUAAGGCGCGAAGGGUGGUGGAAGUUUACGUCGAAGAAAAGAGAAUGCGGAAUGGAUUUAAAAAAGUGCGGUGAGAAUUCAUAGAGAAUGUUAAUAGAGUCUCGUAUGAGUCGUGUGUACAGUGAAUGAAUGUAAUAGUGCAUAAAGUUUUGGCAAGCUUCGCGAAUCUCCGGGAUCAGCUUAAGAUGUAGCUAUACGUGGGAAUAUGCCAUGAGAGAGUGAGGAUACAUCAAUGAGAGAGAGAGAGAGAGAGAGAGAGGGGGGGGGAGGGGAGGAGAGAGAAAGCGAGAGAGAGUAUUUUUAGAUCUAAGACAUCUUAAGAAAAAUUUUGGAAGGAUCGCCCGUCCUCCCUUCCCCUUCAUUAAUCAACCCCUAUCCCUCCCACCCUGAGUACGGCACACGAUCGCGAUCCGCUGUAUUAUUCACCAAGUAACGCAAGAUAAGAAGAUUGCCGAGAAGAUACCGCGUUAAGCGAGGUGAUACGAUCUAGGCAGAUUUAAUUUCUUUAAAUUACGUAUCACGUCUAGGAUAUAAUACUUACUUCCCUACCUCAUUUAUCGCGUGCGUCUCCCUAGGCUUUAUGAAAUGCCAGUACGAGACACAAUAGAUGAACGAGUGACGAAAUGACCUACGAGUCCAGAAUGCAUUCGGCAAGUAAGACCUUGUGACAAGGGGCUGCCUAGGGGUUAGGAGCGCGAAAAUCCUGUCACGCAUUGUACGUAUGUAUCUGGGAUAUACGAUCCUGAGAUGUUCUUUGAAUCUAUUUAUUUUUGAAUUUCAAUCGGGAGCUCGUUGGACACAGUGAUAACGGCGGGAAAGUCACGCGUUUUAAAUUGGGUUUUGAAAAUAUUGCAAUGGUACGAAUUCGAGCUUUGAGAAGGGCGCGCCUUUUUGUUCGAUGUUUAUAGAUAUGCUGCGAGCUACCACGAAUGCACUGUUCUCUGUAUUUAAUGAAUUUUAAAAUUAUGUAAACUCGUCAGUGAGAUCGUCAAGUGUUUUAAACGAGAUUCACGCAUGUGAUGUGUGGAGGGGUUCAACGUGAUGCACUUGAUAACUUUGAAAUUUGACAGAUUGAAAAAUGAUGAUCUUCCGUAUGAAACGGUUCUGUCGAAUUCUGCGUCUUUUUGAAUUAUAUUUUUUGGUCUUACUAUACCCGUGCGUCUUUGCAGCUAUUGGUUAUCUUACGUGCAACGUGAGAAUUUUUUGGAAAAAAGUCUAAGGUUCGUUUUUAAAUAAUAAUUCGUAUUCCCAUCCGUGACUGUUGCUUGUUAUCUGCUUAGCGAUGAUUGACACGUGGAUGCGAUACCAUCCGGAUGUCAGGGAUUUGAUAAUGAGGUUGUAUUCCACCCUGUGGGAAUCGAUUAAUCUCAUCGAAUGUAAUUAAUUAGGGAGACGAUAACGGUGCAAUAAUGAAAUUAGAAUAGAGUAUUCGAGGAUUAAAGGACGCGGGAAGAGACGAGAUGAAUUUUGUCCAAGUUUUCACAAUUAAACGAUAAAAUUUAAUUUUACGUAACUUGUGAAAAUUUUGACGCUCGUGCCUGACGGAAUAUUAAAGUAUCGAGUGUGGUGUACAUAGGCAUUUGCAUGGUAAUGAAUAGUCAUGAUGCAGCCAUUAAUCAAUGUUUUUUUUCCUUCGCCAUCUUUUUGUUAUCUUUUAUCCCGUCUUUAUUAUUUUUGUUUUUUUUUUCAAACAAUUUACACAAGAAUUCGCAACUCGCUUGGUUCAAUUCACAAGUUUACUCGUUUAUCAAAUCCGCAGGAUUACUUUUGUAACGUCACGCGAUAAUAAAGACUACUGGUUUUCGCUUAUGUCAAAAUAUACAAAAUUUCACGGAGCAGCGACAAGUACCUUCGCGACACACGCGCAUGUUAACGUACCGCGAGGAUCAUGAAAUUUUUUACAUCCAUAUAAAUAUACAGUUAGGCACACGAGAUACGAACCACAUAAAUAUAAAAAAUCGCGGUAAUCUUUUUUGUAAAUAUUACAUAGAUGGAAUCGUUUUAAAUAAUAAUAUUAUUAAUAGCAUAUUCUUCAAGGCGUAAUUACGAAGAAUAUUUUACGUUUCGCUGUCCUUUACAUAUCAGCCUACUCUCAAUUGUAUAUUUUAUUUAUGUGUAAUAAGAAUCUUUUUUCCAAAUGUCUUGUACGUACGCAAAUAUAGCAUACCUAUGUCCUAUUUAUAGAAUGAAAAAGAGACACGUUCAUCCGACGAUUGAUCGCUGCAUACAUUAUUGUACAACGUGAUACCCCAGGAGCAUGUUAUUAUAUUUAUUUAUAUAGAUCAUUAAAUUCACUUUAUGUAUUUCAUUCAGUCUUAGAUGUGCUUUUUGUAUUUUAAGAAACAUACGUAAACAGCGCACUUCUGUUCUCUUUGUAACCCGAAGGCAGAGACAUACGUGAAAAUACGUGUCGAGACACUCACGCUCUUACAAAACAGAAGAUCAUUCGCCAUUUUCUAGAGGCAAAUCUGUCAAAAGAAUAAUAUGCCCGAGCGCGUACUUACGUCAAAUAGAGAAAUUAAAUGGACAAUUCCAUGAACUUGAAUUAUUUGUCAUUAAUAACUAGACAAAUUGCGUGAAUCGAUUGUGUUCUAACCUUAAAAAACAAAGAAACGAUACAGACAGUGUCUUAUGGGUAAUGCGACGUGCGAGCCAGUUGUACGUCCAGCUACGAACUGUGUCCAGCAUUACGAACUCGAACUAUUAUACAACAAUAUUGAUUAUACCGAGCCGUAUGGGAUCUGUAGUAAAUAUGACAAAGAAUUAAAAAAAUAUUCGGUUUGUAUAUUCGCCUUGUGCAUGCAUAUAAGUGCACUGCAAAUAGAAAACAAACGACGGACAUUCAGUCUGACGCACGCUGGAUCGUGACGAGGAGGAGAGGAAAGAGAGAAACGGCGCGUGUUCAUUGACAUUUGAACGUAGAAACACGUCACGGUUUAGCUAGCACGUAUCACGUGUGUAAACGCGUUAAAAGCAUUCAUAAUUGUCGUCCGCGUCUUAUAUGUUGGCCCGCGCGAGUGAUUUCCCUUAGUUUUUUCAAAUGUUACUAGCCCAUUUGUUUUCUUUUAUCGUAUUUGAUCGUCUGUGACAUCGAUAGAAAUUUCGCUUCGAGAAACAUACUUAUAUUUUCACGCACCCACGUAUCUCAAAUUUUUCUGAACGUUCUCGCUUUCUACAGGCUCUCGCUCUUUAGGGAGACAUUGAAAUCAGUCUACUAAUAUUAUACAAUUUUCUAAUAAAUAUUCAUACGAUUGUACAGCUCUGAGACUUUGCAGUCGCUGGGAGAGACGACAGCUUGCGUGGAUUUUGAAUUUCGUUUAUUUUGCCGCCAUAAAGUAUCCAGGCAUCGUACGUAGCAUGAUCGAGCAUUUUUUUACUGCAGUUCUGUUACAAUGGAUCUGCAGAAUUACGUAAUUCGAGAAACUAUUACGGUUUGACAAUGAGAACAAGGUCGAGCAAUUAGGAAACAAAGAGACUAUUAUAAUAUAGAAGGAAUCGUGGGAGCAAAUUGAGUCGACGCAGUUCAUCUUUAUAUAUCAGUUUUAUUUUCGAUCCCUUCAAUUUAAUUUGGUUGACCUUUUUUUUUACUGGCAAUCUGUUCGUCCUAUUACGUACACCUGGACAAACAUUACGUAGCAUUAUAAAUAACGCAACUUUCGCUGACGCCAGGGUCUUCAUAUCCAUCGCGAAAUUGAGGAACGUGUCUCGAGAAAUCGUUAUGGCCUCGUUUGACGUUCGUUCAAAGGCCAAUUGGCUAUAUAGAAUGAAAAAUAUUCUUGGAUCCUACGUAACAUUUUUUUUUAAACAUAAAUAUUUCAAUUAUUGUCUUAUUCAGUAUUCACGUGUUUCCAUAUAGACUCUGCUUGAAUCGCCCAAAUAUUAGAGUCAACAGUCGUUUCAAAAAUAAUGAAUCAACCAGUGUAACGAUCGUGUCUGCUGGAUCCCUAUAAGAGAAAAAAAUUGUAUUCGCAUAGGGUACACAAGUCUUUCGGACGAACGAUUAUGACCAAAGUUUCUGAGCUUACGGAUGACGAGCAACGGGCUACCUCAUUUCUUUGGUGCGCCAUUAAUCUACGUUGAGCGUGUUAGUAAAGGCGCGUCGACAACGUUAGAGUCUUUGUAACAUUCUUCAUUGUCGUCGUCAUAUCAUUUCUGUUCUCGUAUCUCGUGUGACCAAUGCACCAGGGGUAAACGAUCUUACCAGAUAGUGAGACCGAGACUCAUCCUAAUUGAGGGGCACGUAUUCUCGACUCGUCUUACUUCGACGUGAACACAUGUGUUAGAAGCAUACGUGGACGCAUAUGUGACAUUGAUUUUUUUUUAAUUAAUUACAUUCAACCUUCUGAAUCCUCGAGGCAUAUAUUAGCUCGGCUGUAAUUGCAAAAGUGUGUAUAUUUUUUUUUCGCAUACAUUUCGCACUUACGUAUCCUUUCGUACCGAUGGGUUGAUGUAGAACCAAGAGUGAGCUAGAGGAUGGAGGAGGAAGUGAGGGAAAACAUUUUUUUAAUUCAAUGAAAAAUGAAAUUAUAUUGGUUGAGAAUCCAACGCCGAGAAGCGUGCCUUAUUCUGUCCGAUUUCUGAUAACCAAUUAUUAUUAUUAUUGGGAUUAAACAAGGCCAUCAGGAAAUUGAGUGAGAUAACCGUAAACAUUUCCUGGUUAAUCCUAUGGGACACCUUUGGCUAUUCUGGUAUACGGAUAUACGAUAUUUAGAUCUGGAGGGAAUUAGAUUUGUACGCGCGGUGCAUUGUGGGAUGGAAAUAUACAGAUCUGCAAGGGAACAUUGACAACCCGAGUGAUACGUUUUUUAGUUUUAUGUGGCGAAAGAAGGAAAAAAUUAGUAUUACGUGCGAACGUAUAGACGCAGUUACGGGGUACGAAAUUAUAUCUGAUGUCAUUAAUGUCAAAUGACGCAACCGGCGUUUACGAUUUUAAUUGGCUGCAAAAAGAGAAUAGGAUGGGAAUAUCGUUAGUACAAGGUAACGCCGUCGGAACGAACGACGCCUUUAUUAUUAUAAAUAACCCGAUUACGUGGGACGCGUGACUGGGAAUUAAUUGACAAUUCAUUUAGUCCGUCAAAGACACGAUGCCCUGGCGAGAUAACUUUUUACUUUUACCGCAGAGAUGGAAACGUUCAUGUCGUUGUACGUCCUGGCGAUUUUGAUGUUUAAUUCAGCAUUCGAGUAUCCGCAGUCUUGGCUGACAGGUCGUCGCGUGUUUUAAAUGAACAAAUUAAAUUUUUGUUAAGUACCUUUCAGUUUUAUUUCACUCCCGUUUUUAAUAAUCAAAAUGUACUCUCACGUUUUUUGUCAAUGGUCGUUUAUUACAUCAUUGGCAGCUUUCUCGAAGUACAAACAACUUUUUCGUUUCCAGUGGUCAGGGUGUGAGUCGCCGCGUUGCGAUAUCGAUCGCUCGGGAUUGUCGCCGUGGUAAAAACGUGUCGCUCAGUUAUACCUAGCUGGUCAUUUUAUUCGCGGCAGCCAUAUUUUUAUUUAGUUUAAUCAUCGAAAAUCCUUUUAAGCCCCGUCACGGUGAGUGCGAUUCAAACUGAACGGACUCGACGUAGCUUCGCGGCUGUUUUAUACUCGUCAUUCUUUAGUAACAUCUAUUCGUAGAGACUCACCCCUUUGAACACUGGCUAAUUCUUAAAGCACCGAUACAGUUAUGUCGUAGUAUAAAACGUGUGUUUUCACGCAUCUCGUUUUCUCAUUUUGCUUUUGAUUUUUUUUUCAUGCAAAUCCUAGGGAGUCAAAUGGUUGACCAGGGUCAGGACAGUAUGCAUCUGCGUGUAUCGUGAUAAGCCAAAGAUUAUCGUAUGAUUUUGUCUCCGCGUUAAUCUCGUCGUCUAAAAAUAGUAUCACGCUCGUUAUAAAUAUUUCAUAUGUACCUACGUAAUUCUAAAUGCCAUCUGUCGAACACUCCGGACAUUAAUUGACGCAUUGCGAGACCCGCCGCCAUUGCCAUCUAGAAAGUUGUAAUGUAACUGGACUCAGUGCCGCAGUGGCAGCACCGUCGCGAACCACGAAGAGCCAGCCAAUUUCUUGGUGAGGUCUAAUAUAUCUAUGUCGACAUUUAUUUUUGUUAAUGCUUUCAUUACAAAUAAAAACAGUGGACGUGAUAGUUAUACGACUAGAGAUUCAUUCGAGCAGCGUUAUGUCAAAGUGCGUAUAAAAUUUGUCUGUAUCUUUUUUUUAUCGAUGUCUCACAAAAGUCACGUCGUUGCAUCUGGUUCGCCGUGCUCUUGUCCUAUUCAUAUUUUUCAGUUGCCAUUAGAAAGUGGUCUCGCGAUGCUAUUAUUAUAUCGUAUCGCCGUUCGUUAUAGCGAGUAUUGGUAUAUAUGCACGUGUUUACUUGUACAUUAAGUUUUAAGGGUGCAUCAACGUCAGUAUACUUCAUUAACAGUAUGGAUAAAGUCAGAUUGUCGAAGUUGCGACUAUUUUUGUAUCUAUUAAUACCAUUACUCGCUAUUAUUUAUUAGGGCAGUGAGCGCGGGAAGAUUUAUUAUCCUGGGAGUUUUAUUCGUACUUAACGAUCCGAAUUUUCAUUCGAAUUUCCACGUUACUAGCUCGGAUGCCGCGUAGGUACUGAUAUAUCCGUGUAUGGUUACUUUUAUAAUUAAUUUCAUAGCCAAUUUUCGUUCAACCCUUCGAAAGACAAAUUUAUGCUCGUCUUUAAUUUACCUUAUCGUAGAUGAUAACAUUACAUAUUUGAUCAACGAUCAUUUAAUUGUCUCAGAUUCUUUGUCAAUCGCAUAUAUAGUAAUUUGUUGUACUUUUAGUUCCUACAACUCUUGUACGCUAUAGCGUUUACGUAUUAAUGAGUAUUACGCGUACUGUUUACGCAUGUCAAAAGAGUCGAGCAAGUUUAACAAGCGAUCCUGCGCGAUCGUGUAAGCUUACAGUCGUAAAAUCGAUAGGGUGUUCAAUAAAAAUCCGAUACGACCACAUUACUUGCGUGUAACAGUAUAUACGAGCAUGACGAGAUGUAAAUAUGUAUGAGUUUUAUUAAUGGCGAUAAUCGUGGCUCGCCGACAACUUUUACGGUCGUAAAGAUUGUUUCGGGGGAAUCGCAUGGAAUUUUUUUUCCUUUUAUCAGCGAUCUAAGAGAAUCUUGUAACUUGGCUAUGGCGGAGAGCUAAAUUUUUUAUCGCGAUUAACAUUCAGUCCUGCGACUUGGCGAGCGUUAAGCGGAGCUGUCUGUAUCGCGUUGGAGGUUAUGGUAAAGAGAGAUUUUUGUCUUGCGAUUACGUUAUGUAAAUUUUAGCUCAUCACUUGCGUUUAUAGUUGAUUAUCAAAUGAAUAUUAUUUUGACCCAGUAUGAGUUAUGAUUUAUGGGUUUACCAAUCUCAAUUUUUUUUUGUAAAUAUUAAUUUAAAUAAAUCCUAUUGUAAAAAUGGUAUUAUUUAUACAUCGUUCCGUUUGUCGUUUACUUUAUCCAUGAAAACACUAUUCCCGAUUAACGUGCUUUAUUAUUUCAUAUCUCUUCCAUUCAUUAUGUACUCUCGUCCUUAUCCAGGUUCACGCUAUCACUCUUGCUGGACCUUAUCAGCUUCGCACUCUUUCCACCAUUCUUUAAAUUUCAACCCUGCCGACAUGAUUCUUUUCCUUUCCCUAUAAUUUCCGAUAAUUUAUGAUGAUUGCUCUUGGUCAUGGUCGUUCGUGUGUUCAUCUCGCGAGGUCGAGCAACAAUGUGAUGACAGCGCUAUCUCGAAGGCUCGUUUACUGCAUCUAAAUAGCCGUCGAAUCAUCCAUAUACCAAUAGCGAGAGAAGAUGGUCGUAGAAAAAACUAAAUGUCAAGCAGUACCUACGAUCAAAGCGUUCCAGUCAGUACGGUGGGAGGUUUUGGUAUCUAAACGAAAUUUUGUUCAUCCUGUCGUUUACGCUCGGCGAAGUUUGGCGUCCGGCAACGUUACCGAGCUGUUGAUAAUAUUUACAGGCUAUGGAAAAGGAGAGCAAAAGGACCUGACAGAGACAAAGCCAUACAAUACGUAAGAGCUACUUUUGAUUUUUGACCAUCAAUAAAGGUUUGUUUGCACUUUUACGAUAAACUCGGUUAAUUACAUUGUAAUCUAAUCUCACGAUAGGGAAGUCCCUGGCACUUUAUUUUUUAACUGUCUUUACGAUUGUCAUCGAUUCGAUCUGACUGAACGAUUCGUAAUCGUGUAUCGUAAAGUCAAAGAAAAUUUGCUACUGUCAUUAGUCAUUAACGAUAAAUCGGACUCUUGACUCCGCUUGCUAAUUAGUCCCAGUUUUUUUUUUUUUUAAUUACCACCCACAAACGUAUAUUACGUCGUACAAAUUUUCUCCAAGGUCUUUAUCACGAGUGAGACGUCAAGCAAAAUAAUCAUAUCACGCGGUCUAUAUUCAUGUUUAUUUAUAUUCCUGAAAAAAAAAUCAUCCAUGGAUUCACAUAUAAAUUCAUCCCUGGUGACAUGCUCGUGACGUAUGACAUUCUUAUCUAAUCAACCUUAUCAACCGUUAUAUACGUCGACGUCUACUCUUCCUUGUAAGCAAAUGUCAGGCUUUAUCUGUCCAAGCGAUAUCAUAAAGACACUCGACAUUGGCGUCGGUUGAAAUUUACGCUUCAUCAGUGUCAGCCUUGAUACAGAUCGGACCGAAUGGCCGUAAUCAAUGAAAACGUCUCUUAAAGUUAUCCGUGUGGAUUUAUACCAAUGCCAAAAAAAUAUUCGUCUAUCUAGAUCCGAUGCACGUCCGGCUGCUAAUGUACGUAGACUAGGUAUAGAUUUUCGUCGCGUUCGCAAAGUCCAUAUUUUAUUAUCCGAUCGUCCCAGUCGGUGGACUCCUUCCAUGGACGUCCUUCGUAGAUCUACAGAGACGAAAAUUUGGUAUACGCGGAUAUAGGAAGAAUAAUAACGGCGCUCGCUCGCUCGUGAAAUCGUAUAAUGCCAAAUGUCACUUUUACGGAGAAAGGUUAGAUCCCUGGACAAAAGGUGUUUCUAGAUACGCGAGGAGGCAUAUCCCCCUUAUAGAAAUGAAGAAGGCGCGGCUUCAUUCAGAAACGUCGGCUACCGUAAUACACUGGUGAUCAUUUAAUGCCGAGAGAUUAAAGCCGUCAUUGAUGAAUGGCGAGACACUUGCUUGCCGCGUAUAUAUAAACGGAAACGUUAAGGCACGAGUGAUACCAGUUUCAAGUGGAGCGCGUUACGUAAUUUCCCGUCUGCCCGAGUACAAGGAAACGGAACUGGAAAGUAUGACGUCUUAGAGGUACUACAUACCUUGGAACGAUUGGGUGAAGUUUCAUUUGAAAUUGUUCAUCCGUUAUAAUUAUCGACUACAGUAAUGACGGACAUGCGGUUGCGAAACGUCAAAAUUUUUCGCGAUACUUACUCUGGGUCAAAUAUUUUUUAAUCGAUACCUUCUCCAUCCAUUUCCUUAUUACUUUAACGGCACAAUCCAGCGGUUAUUAAGGCUCGAGUUAACGUGUGUUGGAUACAAUUUUAUGGCGGUUUUGAAGUACGAUGUCGGUUCGAGACUGUUUGCAGGUUAUAUCGUGACGUAAUUCGUGUACAGGAAGAGCCGGUUCUUAAGGUUGACUUUUAUAGGCUUGGUUCUUACAGUCCUUUACAGAGUCUUCACCUCGAGAGCUGCUGCUAAGGUAAAUGAAAAAAGAAAAAAAUUCAAAGUCAUUGUCCUUCAUUCUUUUUUUGGAAAACUUAAUUUUGUCUAUAUUAUUAUUCACGUGUGGUUUUUUUUUAUGUACGGUCGUAUCUACAGAAUUUCGACGCGCGUAAUAAUUGCCUUGGGAGACGAGCGUUGUACUUGGUAAUAUGCAAUAUUACCAGACGGUGUAAUAAUAAAGUACGAAGUAUAGGGAAAUUUGGCGAAGGGUGCGCAAGAAAGAUUAAGAUAGAAAGUAACUAUGGAUACUUCGGUAAACAUUCCAGGCUCCCUUUGAAUCGUAAUACGUUUAUUAAAUUCUCAACCUUUCGUAUUAAUACGUGACAUUGAUUCGUCGAGCUUGAGCCGAAUAACAAGCGAAUAUCAUGCAAUCAUAUAUUAUAAGUACAUACGUGUAACGCGUAUAGGGACAUAUAUGUAGAGACGUAUAUAGGAGACCACGAUCGAUCGCAUAUAAUUCCUACCAACCGUCCAUGCUGGCUUUAUAAUGGCGUUGACCAAAAAUAAUCAUGGCGAAUCAGAGCGACACUUGGGUGCGAUUGCGACAGUCGGAGGAUCUGAUUGUCGAAAAGUCUCGCGACAGUUUGACAAUACGAGAUCUCACAUUUAUCGUUAGAGUCUCGAGGACUUUUACAACGUGUCGCAAGCAAGUUGUCCCAGCUGAUCAUGAUUAAAUUGAUAUAUACGUUGGAAAGAUUUUUGCGAGUUUUAAAAGAAAAUUGCGAAUGUCUCGCCGACUCUUCUGACAUUUGCAAAUCGCUUGUCGCUCGAAAUAGAAUAACUCGUAUCGUUCGCUUAAUUAUUUGUCGUUAAGUGACGUCACGACGACCGGGACAAAUCUCGGAAGAAAUUAUGACGCUCGCGUAAAACGGAUUGUUGACUCUGGCGGAAUAUGUAGCCGAUAGAUCAUUGAAUUAUCAUUUAAAGACGCUUGAGAGUAAAGAUAAUAUUUUUGAAAAGAUUCACGCCCGCCAAUUCUGACGUAUCUAUGAAUUCAUCACUUUAGUAUUGUCGAGUACAGAAUUGCAUUCGGUGUAAAUCAAUGAAAUCGAAGAUACAUUAAGCCAACAGCAUAAAGUGUCCCUCGGGGCAUCCCUGUGUCCUAAUAAAUCACCCUUAAAAAAAAACCCAAUCAAUUCUCUAAAAUAUUCUAGCAUGUGAUAUAAUCAAAUAACGUCAAAAACUCGGCACUCGGAAUCCUUCGUUAUUCUUCGGAGUGAAAUCCGAUCGUUCGUCACACGUAUGUAUGUGUCACUCGGGCUCUUAAUAUCCAUACGUUAAUCAAUCAAAUCCUCUUGCAAUUACGUGGAACAAAAGUAAUCUACUCGUGACGUCAAUUCCGAGUGCGGAGUACGAUGACGCAAUAAAUACUGUAUAUAACAGAGAAAUACCUUGCGUGUGCAUUUUAUAGAAAAAGUGUUCAUCCCUCUUUGUUUCGCGUAAGAAAAGAAAAAAAAAAGAGAAAUGAAAAAGGAGAAGAAAAAAAAUGUCACUCGGAGAUAAAAUCCGAAAUGUCGCUGACAAUUUAAUUCUUGUCGCAGCGACGGGCGGACGCUCCCGCGAAACCUUGCAAAUCCUAUAUACAUAACUUACGUACGUGCGUAUUAAAUAUACGUAUGGCGUAUGUAUAGCGAGUUCGUGCAAUUUAGCUUAGUACAAGGCAGUGCAAAAGAUAAAUGACGAUUGGUACACACGAGGAAUUUCUCGUUCGAAUGCUCUCUCGAAAUAUAGGUAACCUCGUAACGUAUAUAUAGUACUUAUACUUAUUUCUAUGUCUAGUCUUCGGCGUUCAUGGGGUAAAUUGAUUAUUGGCGGGGAAAAAAAGUUGAUUGAAAGAGAAAGACGAAAAAAAAAAGAUUAAGUAACUUAUGUCAGAGGAAUAUUUUUUUGCCGUUGGAGCGGACGUUGAAGACUGCACGUGAUUGUCUGGAUUUGUGGAUUUUGGAAAUAGGUCGAAAUUGCAUGACGGAAAAAAAAAUAUAUAUAUAUAUCAGAGAAACGAUGUAGACAAUGAGAAUAAGUACAUAGAGAUACGAGCUAUAGUAAGGAUGACGAGAGUGGGUAAAAAUGGGAGAGGGUACGAAUGCGAGAGAGAGAGAGAGAGAGAGAGAGAGAGAGAGAGAGAGAGAGAGAGAGAGAGAGAGAGAAAGCGUCAGAGUGAAAGGUAAAUAAUCGAAUUAAGAGAAGAGAAAAAAAAUGUAAAAUUAAUUCCAGUAAGUAAUAAAUGGCUGUAAAGUUUAUAGCUGUACGAGGAAUUAUUCUCUAUUCCAUAGAGAAAGAGUAUGGACAAGUUUGCUUUCGAACAUUGUCGGGCGAUACACUUCCUAUGUCUACAGUUUUUCACUAUGACAUUAAAAAAGAAAUCUAUAUAAAGAGACAUGGACCAUUGAUGCAGCAAUACAUACAUAUUACAUAUAUGCUUACGGUGUAUUAAUCAUAAGCUAUAAUUACGCGGAACAUGGUAGUUCAAUUUUUCAUGUUUGGAUUUUUUGUAUUAUAUAAAAACUGGAAGCGUAUAGCCUGGAAGUGGACGUUUGUGUUUAGCGUAUUACGAGUACGUUUAGAUCAUGUGAAAAUAGAGAGAAAAAGGGUUUUGAAUUUUUAGUGAGGUUAAGCAUUGAAAAAAAAAAAAAAAAAAAAUCCUGGAACAUUAUAAUUCAGUGUCUUUGGUGUGAGUGUAGUGUUGGUGAAUUAUUGCAGACGGCACUUCGAUUUUCAUUAAGGGAUCGAAUGGGGGAUACGAGGUUUUUUUUGAAGUUACGAAAUUUUUUGAAAUAAACAAAAUAUUAGAUAACGACAAGCUUUCCUGUCUGCUAUUCGUAGCAAUGCAAUUAACGGGGCUGGCUUUUUCGAAUGUGUCUUGUGACGAGAAAAAUAUUUUUUGCUACUCCAAAUCGCGGUGUUCGUUACUCGUGAAAUUUGAGUGCGUUCACGGAAAAAAAAAAAAAAAAAAAAAAAAAAAAAAAAAAAAAAUUGAUUAUUUUGACAUGUGAUAUCGAACGAUAGCGAGAUAAAAGUGGGAGUGCCGGUUGCUGGUUAUAUUCGAUUUAGAUAGUGAUUUAUUAGGCAAGAAACAACAAGAAGAAAAACAAUAACAGCAUGCGAAAAAGAAGUGAACAAUGUGCUUGCUAUAUAUAGUAGAUAAAAAUUCAUAUCUACAUAAAAAUUAAUGCCAGUUUCACCAACGUAUAUUAUUAAGUAAGGCGUCAGUUAAAAUAUUUUUCUAAGUAACUUCUAUGCGCGUAAUGAAUUCGUUGAUAGUAAAAUUAUCACGGACAGAAAAUAAUUUAAAUGGCUGUUAAAUAAUGAAUGUUGGUGGAACCGUUCAAUCACGCAUCGUUAUCUAUAAAAGAAAAACCCUCCUUUCCUGUAAAUCCAAAAAUAAGACGAAGAAGGUUAUCUCGACCCCGGUUUUCAGUUUUUUCUUUUUUUCCCGUUAAUUACGAAAAUACGUGUCGCACUUACAAUCUUCAUUCGGAUAUUACAUUUACGUUGGGUUUUCGCGAUUGAUAAGAAUCCCGUUGCGUUAUAUGUACGAUACUGGUCACGUUAUCUAUCUUUCAAUGGUAGGAAGGAAACGUCAAUAUCUACUCCUAGAUCUAAUCAAGCUUCGAUCUGUCGAUUAAACUGUAUUUUGUGCAGGUUUCAAUUUCGAGAAUACAUCAAAGAGAGACAAACUUUUGAUUAAAUUAAAAAAGAAGUUCAAGGUCACCGAGUAAUUAUAAUAUGUAAGUAAUUACGUGUAAAAAAAAAAAAAGGAGGAUUAAACUUAAUCCAAAAGAAAUAAUAUGGUCAAAUGAGAUUUAACCAAUUCACAAAUUAUAUGUAGAUGUUUCCAUAUCAGAUAAUUGUACAUUGUCAUUCAACUAAUUAAGUGGUGUCACGAUAGCGUAAUAAAUCGGAAAUGAAAAAUAUUAUAAAGUUUGAUUGAAUUAUCGUAAUCGUAAUCGUAAUCUUGAUCUGACGAUCCUUAUAGAAAUAAUAUAAACCGUUCGAGACCUGUGCACAGUGAGAUAAAGAAUCUCAAGGAAAUUAUAAAAUAGAAAUUAAAUAAGUAAUUACUUUAUUAAAUUAAAUUACUAAAGUAAAUUUCGUAAAUGAUUAUGCGAUAUUGAAUUUCCGGCUUGUUAAUCAAUAUCGAAAAUGCGUACGAGACUCUGAAAAAUCAAUUCUACAUAUUUGAGUUCGAAUUCCAAAUUUUUUUAAUUAGUCGUUAUUUACAAAUUCAUAAUCGAGCACGACUCGUAUGAUAUAUCGAGCACCCGGAGAUUUCGUUUCUAUGAAAAAAUAGUUUAGCCAUUUACAAUGAUCGUAUCUGACUAAUUCUGUCGCUCGUAAAUACGACUAACCGGGAAAUUCGUCAGAUCAGAACGAAUCGACGAAAAUUAUUUGUACUAUUGUUAGCAUUUAAUCAAUAUGGUUCUAGGUUAUUUGCUUUUAGUUCGUCGUUCGGAAUGGUAAUUAUCAUUAAUAUUUCAGUGGUUGGUAACACGGUGACCGUUGACCUUUUUCAAGUCAUUGUUUUCCUAUCGUGUCUCUUUUCCCUCUUUGGAAUUAUCAAGACGUCAGAGACUCGCCAGAGAGCUUCCUUGUGUUUCUUUCUUGUGCAAGAUUCACGUGACACGUUAUCGCGAAUUAUUUCGUAACAGGGAUUCGCGAUAUUCGCGGAUGCUGCAUAUUUUUCGAAUUGAAUUCAAAAAUGGAGCAAAGCGUUUCUCCUCCGAUGGAAAAUUACGCGGAUAGAUCGAUCACGUUGAUCUCGUUGUGUUUGUCCAUUAAGUCUCACAUCACUUGUUGCUAGAAGAUAAAUAGGGUGGAUCGGGAUCGGUGAAGCCGAGAUUCGUACGAACCAUCAAUACUCGAGCAGUGCGGCUCGUUUGAUGUUAAACUGAUGUAAGGGAGAAGAUGAACAAAGGAGAAAAACAAAGAGAAUCGUAUGAUUUAAGAAAGAGUGGAUCAGUCGUCUAGAAAUAUUUAGUCAUGAAUUAAGCUGUGACUAAGUUUGUCUGUGAAUAUAAUCUUAAUCAUAUGACAAUGUGUUUUAGGCUAUUUGUAUUUAAACAUUUGAUUAUUUACGUAAUCGUAGUACUUAAAACUGAUUAUACAAUGCAUAUUCUAAAUAAAUUAUUAAAUAGUUA